AUGCUGCACUUGAACGUGCGGUCUGACGUCGACCUGGUGUCGUCCACGAACGAGGAGGAGCUUGUGUGGAAGGUUCUGGUGCUGGACCAGAGGUCAACGGCGAUUGUCUCGUCGGUGCUCAGAGUCAACGAUUUGCUGGAGUACGGCAUCACGAUGCACUCACUGAUUACACAGAAACGCGCGGCGCUGCCCGACGUGCCGGUAAUCUACUUUGUGGAGCCUACGGCCGAGAACAUUGCCCGAAUCAUUACCGAUCUCGAAAACGAGCACUAUGCCGACUACUACGUCAAUUUCACCUCGAGCCUGAGCCGGUCGCUGCUGGAGGAGUUUGCCAAAAAGGUGGCUUUGAGCGGAAAGGCUGGCCGGAUCAAGCAGGUGUUUGACCAGUACCUGGACUUUGUGGUGACCGAGCCCAAUCUGUUUUCGCUGGAUCUGCCCAACGUGUACUCCCAGUUCAAUAGUCCAAAGACAACCGAGUCCGACAUUACCUCCAUAGCGGACAGAAUUGCCAACGGGCUGUUUGCGGCCGUGCUGACCAUGGGAUCGGUGCCGAUCAUCAGAUCCAAUAGAGGCGGUCCCGCAGAGCUCAUCGCGCAGCGACUAGACCAGAAACUGCGAGACCACGUGAUAAACACGCGCCAGGGUGCGUCUACGUCGCUGCAGCACUCGACCGCAGAUAGAAUGGUGCUGGUGUUGCUGGACAGAAACAUAGACCUGGCCUCUAUGUUUGCGCACUCGUGGAUUUAUCAGUGCAUGGUGAGCGACGUGUUCAAACUGGACAGAAAUACCAUUGAGAUUAGGAAAACUCUUGCUGGGGACAAGACUGAGGUCAAGCGCCUGGACAUAGAUCCCAAGGAUUUCUUCUGGAACAAUAACGCCUCGCUUCCGUUCCCCGACGCCGUCGAGAACGUCGAAAGAGAGCUAUCUGAAUACACUAAGGAGGCCCGCGAGAUCACUGCCAAGACUGGGUAUUCUUCCAUUAAGGAGAUCGACCCUUCCGACCAGAGAGACACUCUGCAUAUCCAGGAGGCGAUCAAGGCGCUUCCAGAGCUCACGCAGCGCAAAAACAUCAUUGAUAUGCAUAUGACGGUACUCACCGAACUGAUCAAGGAGCUCGACUCGAAGAACCUGGAUGCAUUCUUUGAAGUUGAGCAGAACGUGGGUAAUCCAGCCACGCAGAAACGGUUCCUGGAGCUUCUUAAAGCAGAGACGAAAAGUGACAACCACGAAGACAAGCUGCGGACCUAUAUCAUGCUCACAUUGACUUCAGACCUUCCAAAAUCGUUUGGUGACGAGUGUGAGAAAGCGUUGGCGGAACUUCAUUGCGACCUAGCUCCUCUGAAGUAUAUCAAACAGGUCAAGGAACUCUCGAAGCUCUCGUCCAUGAACCUCAGCGAAGCGUAUCUGAACACCGAUUCCUCGGCAAGCAGCGGAAACAAAGGCGCCCUGUUCAGCAAUUUGUCGUCUAAAUUAAUGGGUUUAACCGAAGGGUCGUCCAAGCUGAGCGAAGGAUUUGGAAGCUUGAUUUCGGGGCUCAAAAAUCUGCUACCAGAGAAGAAAAAUCUCCCGGUGACCAAUAUUGUCGAGUCCAUCAUGAGUCCCACCACUGCCAACCAGGAGUCGCUCAAAAUGACGGACGACUACCUGUAUUUCGAUCCUAAUCUCACCAGAGGCUCGCACUCAAAGCCUCCAAAAAGGUCGAGCUACAACGAGGCCAUGGUGUUCAUUGUUGGCGGGUGCAACUACCUUGAAUACUCCAACUUACAAGACUGGUGCAGCCGCGUGAACGAAACCGCAGGGAUCUCCGGGGCGCCACAGAAACUGGUAUGCUACGGAUCUACAGAGAUCGUCACGGCAGAAAAGUUCUUAAAAGAGUGCUCAGAGCUGGGCAGGCAGCUCUAA